GUCCCCUCCCCGCGCGGUGCCGCCCGGAUCCUGCUCAGCCUGUGCGGCCGCGGGGGCCCGCCGGGCGGCGCGGCAGUGGCCCCUAGCGGCGGCGGGCUGCCCCGGGCGGCUGCCCGCAGCCCGGCAUGGAGGAGGACGAGGGUGCCGCGGGCGGCGCGGAGCAGCGGCACCCACCCCCCCGCCGCCGGCCCGGGACCGAGCGCUGCCCCAGCCCCAGCCGCCUGGACGUGAGCUCCAGCCGCUUCGACCCGCUGCUGGCGCUGUACUCGGCCAGCACGCCGCUGCCCUUCCCCGGCGCGCCCUGCUUCAACAACCUCGCCGAGUACGAGAGCUUCCAGCGCGGCCUGCUCCGCCCGCGGGGCCGCCGCUCCGCGCCCUCCCGCCGCGGCCCGCCCGCUUCCCGCUCCGCCCGCCGCGGCCCGCCCGCCGCCGACCCGGAGCGCAUCCAGCGCCUCCGCAGCCUCAUGGUCAACGCGGGCCACGAGCAGGAGGCGGCCGAGGGCGGUGGGACGGCCCGGCGCCGGCGGGCACCGCGCAACGUCCUCACCAGGAUGCCCCUCCAUGAAGGCAGCCCGCUGGGGGAACUUCAUCGCUGUGUCCGAGAUGGUGUAAAAAUCAAUGUCCAUGUCCGCACUUUCAAAGGGCUUCGGGGAGUCUGCACAGGGUUUUUGGUUGCAUUUGACAAGUUCUGGAAUAUGGCCCUGACAGAUGUGGAUGAGACAUACAGGAAACCAGUGAUGGGCAAAGCUUUCUAUGCAGAGCCUCAGCUCACACUCACCCGGCUGUUUAACAGACUCAAACUGCAGGAGUCCUCAGUAAAGAAGGGAGCUGACUCAAAGACUGUCUCAGAGGAGCUAGCCCUGACAAAUGACUCUCAGACGCUGGGAUCGAAAGCUGGAUCAGGACGAGGGAGAGCAGAAGAUGAGCGUGAGAGGCAGAAGCGCUUGGGCAGAGCUGGAGAGAAGAAGAUGCCAGGUGACAGUUUGCAUCUGGCUGCCAGAGGUGAAGCUGAUGUGGGCAGCGGGACUGCCCGCACAGAGGGUGCCAGUGCUGGUGGUACCCGUACAAGAAGCCAGUCACGGAGAAAAAGGAGGCCCAAAGUGGAUUAUCAGCAGGUGUUCACACGUCACAUAAACCAGAUCUUUAUUCGAGGAGAGAAUGUCCUGCUUGUCCAUUUAGCACACUGACUUGGCUGAGCCUUUGUCAGUGUAUUUAUUUGAUAGCAUGAAUUGCCGCUGCAGCUCGCAUCGCUAUUUAGCGUUCUCAUUAAGUAUGAUGGUACUGUGACUGGUUUCCCAUUGCCAUAACAAGGUAGGGGAAAUAAUUCUAACUGGAGCAUCCUGAGCUUGAUGCCAAAGUAGCCUCCUUAGGUCUCUGUUGGGGAUCUCUGUUGCUGACAAGAUCAGAAGUGCAUUUGUUUCUGUGAGAUGAGCACAGAUCCUACUGCUCCUUAAAAAGAAGCUGAACAGGGAGGGUUGGAAGAGAAUAUUGGUGUACUCAGUGGUAGGAGCUAAUUGUAGCCCACAUUUAAGGAGCUUAAGGUUAGAACUCCACCUGAAAUGAAACACAAAUGCUAUUUUGCAUGUUCUGAGUAAUCUCAAGAGAAGGUUGCUAAUGAAACCGAUAGUUUAUCUGCUGCUGUUACGUGGAUGUCCUCUUUUCCAGACAUAAUUCCGACAGUCAUUUUGAAAUAGUCUAUGAAAAGGUGGAGUGAUGUACUACUGAUGGCUAUUAGCUGCUGCUUCAUAGUUAGCUCUCUAAUGCCCUGUAUAAUUGAAAGUCUCUCAAUUGAAAACUGCUCUUUUUCUCUGAAUUAUGGAAGGCCAUUCAUUUUACAAUGUCAAAGCCCGUGCUUCUAUUUGUAAUGCUGUGCUUUAGCCCUGUGUCACCAGCAAGCAGCUAACGUAGCUGAUCCACGGGCCUCCCUGUUUGGAGUUUAUCUGUAAAUGUUGUGGCUGCAGAUGGCAAAUUGUACUUUCAUACUUCACCCAUUUGCUACUUGGUGUAAUAGUGAAGUUUGCAAAGAUGUCAUUUUUCUUCUCAGAUGUAAGUGUUUGUGCUGAGCACAACUGUACUGUAUCUAAGCGCCUUUCAAGUUCCCUCUAUUGAAACUAGAGGUGCUGUGUCUCCAGCAGUUCUCACGGAGCAGAAAUCUUCAUGGGUCUUUCCUAUCCAUGUGAAUGAUGUAUCAUCUAAUUCCAGUUAAACUGAGCUUUGGAGGUGCGCUUACAAAUGUUCUGAAGUAUAAAAGUCAAAGUCAGCUUACCAUAUAACUGCUUUCCAAGAGAGCUACAUGCAGAAGCUUGAGGGUAAAGGAAGCUGUUACAUUAUCUAGUCUGUUCCCUUGGUUGUGAAAGGACAGUAGAUUUCAUACUGCUACUCCAGAUGCUACUCAUCUCCACUGCCUUACACUUUGUAGCAGCUCCUGUUUAAGAUGAAGUUGGGAAGUUGCUUUAUGGUAGGGCUUGUAUUGCAUAUAGAGGUCAUAAGUCUUCAAACUGGGCGAUUAUACUCUCAGUGACGUGUAUUUCUGUUGCUGUGAAUGCAGCACGCUGCUUGCUUGUCAUUAGGGGUAUGUCUGGGGUUUGGGUGGAUGACAGAAAUCAUUUAGCAGGAGUUCCUGGACACACAAAGCAGCUGGAUGCCUCUGGGGGAGCCUGGGAGUUUUAUGGCAACAUUUCAGGUGACACGGGGCUUGGAUGGCUGAUCAGCUCAGCCACUGAGCUGCAAACCCAAGUUCAGCCUGGGACAGAAGUGCCUCAGAAUAAAAAGUACUGUUGGCAGAACAGUUUCAUCAAGGGGAGUAACGAAAGAAUAUCUAGUUUCUUACUAUACAUAACUUUAUUGGUGUAAUCCCUUCCUGCUAUGAACUUGAGACUAGGCACUGAAAAGAUUCUUCUCUUCAAGGUUCUUUUUUCCUCUCCUUUAGUGCUGUGCUUGUUUGCGUUCGUGUGGUCUGCAGUUCUCCCUACCCCCUUCUCUUAUCAGUAUUUUGUCUCUUCAGAAUGUUCUAAACUCUGGUUUAGGAAGAUUGUUCUUGUAUUCACCCCCAGUUGUCCUUUCCAGGUUGGCUUUCUGUGUGGUUGCCAACUAAUCAGAACCCUCACAACUUAUUAGAAAUGUGAAGCUAGAACAAGGGGCUUGUUUCUGCUCCUGACUUCUUGGCAGCUUUUAUUGCAAGUGAAUGUUUGUCUUCAUUAUGUUUUUGGUUGUGGGUUGCUUUUUCCCCUCUGCUUUCCGACUGGUUUGUUUUUCUUUCAGUUGCUUGGGAUGACUUAUCUCUGCCUUUUCCAUUCAUGCCAAAGGCUACUGGUUUUGACCUCUUUCCUUCAUACUUGACCAAAGGGUGUCAGAUCUCCACUCAGGCCUAUGUAGCCUGACUUCUAACUGAAUUCUUGCUUUUCUUUACCUCAUAUUCUUAAUCCUCUUGGUUUGCCCAGUUUAUACCACCUUGCAUUUCCUUUCAUCACAGCUUUUUCUCUGAAACCUUGGAGGUGUUUGUUGCUUCACACCUACAAGUUUCUCUUUUUACAUUUUAUGAAAAGUGCUGGUGCUUGAACUUUUGUUUGUGCCUUGAUUUUUAUACCAUCACUGACAUGUUCUUCCAAAAUCAUCACCUCAGUCAACAAACUUAGUUAAGAACUAUACAAAAGUUUGUCUACUUUUUUUGCUCUACCUCAGUAUUAAACUAUUCCUCCUCUGUUCUCGUUGUUGUCUCAUCUGUUAAAAUUCUCUCUUCCAGUUUAGAUUUAAUGGCUUAUUUGGUGGUUCUUUGUUUCCUACUUCCUUAUCCACCUCUCUUGUUAUUUCCAAGCUGCUUCCUAAAUACAGCCUCUUCUACAACUUCAGAUCUUCCCAAUGUCUUCCUUUUCCCUACUUUUUCUGACAUUGUAUCUUUUUAAAGUCCGUUAUCAAAAUGCUAGUUUAUGAAUUUUCUCUUUCAAGCAUAAUAUUUGUGAGUUAGUCUCUUUCAAGCAUCAUCAUUGUGACUAGGGAAGUGAUCCUGUAUGUGUGUGUCACUUGUGUGUUUAAUACUUCAGCUGAAGUUGCUCUUUAAAUAAAAUCGAAUGUGAUGUUGUGAAAUGAAGUCUUCUACCUCACUGAAGCAUGCAUGAAAGUCUGUGAAAAGAGAAAUCAACCCUUGGAAACAAAUGAGCUUUGGUUUUAUUUAUUUAUUUAUUGUUCCUGGUUAUUUCUUUCCAUGUUUUUUCUCUUCCAAACUCAGCAUAAAAUCCAGGUUCAAAAGCUGUCUGCUUCUAGCAAUUCCUCUCUUGCUGCAGUGUCACAGAGAUGGUGUGAGUGUACACACCUGAAGUCAUUGUGCUAAAGAAUGGAGAGUAGGAGCACGGGGCUGUCUUAAGAGCGAGCUGUGUGGGAGUGAAAAAGCUUUGGGCCAAGUAUAAAAUCCUCAGGAAAGGAUCUCCAUACUGGUUGCGACCUGUCCAGUAUUUUAGGAUGUUGUUCAGCCUGGUCAUACAUGAUGUCACAGAUACAUCUCAUGGUGUCAUCAUGUCUCUUUCCGUUGCCAACACAGUUCAGCAGAGAGCCAAGUCUCAUGCAUGCUUUAAGAGUUGUGAUUUUACUUGUACAGUGAUAUAAUUCUAGGGACUGCAGAUAGUGUGAAAGGGGUUUUCAUGGAACCACAGCAUAAACCCUUGCUGUGCCAUGGGGUUGUAGGGAACAGAUAGAGAAAAUCAGGCUGAGAGCUGCUGUGUUACUCAUGGUUAUGGGUAUCUUGGCUGGGAUAAUUUCUUGGGAAAACCUUUUGCACAGGUACUUCAUUUUUACUGAACACUUCUUAAACAGGGCUGUGGCAGUAGAAUAGGUGAGGCCAAAGGAGAAGGAGCUUGUAAAAGGUGUGGGUUUAGUUGUUUCUCUCAACUGACUUCUCCAGCUUAUUAAUUGCCUGGAAGUUGUUUGGGGGUUUUUCUGCUCUAGAGACAGGUAUUUGGCACGUCCUCACCAGGUGAUCACCAAUCAGCAAGAACUGUUUUCCAUCUGCUUCUUGUCCUUCAGUUUCUGGAUUUGUUGUUUCUGACGCAGCUUUCCCUUCUGUAUCAUUUGGAAGCAGGGCAAGGUCUCUCAGCAGGAGUAGGCUUAACUGCACACUGGGUUUUUUUUUCCCUCUAUAAUAAGAAAUAUUAUACCCUGUCUAGUUUUGCAUCCAGAUAGCCUUUAGCUAUUCUUGAUUUUCACACUGUUCUCUGCAGACUUCUGGAAUUAUUUGUUCAGAAGAAUUAUUGAUCUUGGGGUUUUUAGUAAUUUUCUUUACUUACUUUCCUCCCCACAGUGCUAGGUUUGUCUGGAUGCUGUUGCACUCACCCACUUGCAUUUACAAAUCGCUGUGGGUGAAGAAGUGUCCAGAAAAAAAGCAGCAGAGAAAAAAAAAAUCUUAUUUUUGUUGAAUUUGACAUCCUGCCCAACAUGCUGUCCACACUUACUGUUUCUAUUGCUUACCAGAACUGACCUGAGACUGGUGGAAACAAUGAUUUCAUCCAGAACUUGAAAGAAAAUGGAAAGGCAGCAGGGACAGCAAACUGAAAACACAUUAGCAGUAUCCUUCUAGCUAAGGAGCUAGAAAUCUAGCAAAGGAGGAUAGAGUUUCUGAAGAUGUGUAUCUCCAGGUAAAUUUCUUGCCUUUGAUUAAACAGGUUAGAAUUAUAAUGACCAACUGCAAGCUCUGCAGCUGGAUAAAGUUGGAAGGCACAGUGCUUCACCCUUUCAGAGGCAGUGCAGCAGCAGUAGCAGUGAUGCAGUGAUUCCUUCAGCCAGCCAAGCUCUUUCCUUAGAAGCUGUUGAUUUCUAUGCUAGUGUCUGCCUCAAAGCAUAACUGCGAAAUAGUGCAAAUUAAUAAAUUAGUGUUUUAAAUUAAUGUUUUUUCUCCUGCCUGCAUUGCAAAGUGUAAAAGAUAAAUGCUGCAUCUUCUGCAGCCCAGAACUCUUUCAGUUCAUGUUUUUGCUUCUUGACAUUGGCUUUAAAAUUUGAAGUUUAUACUAAAGCAAUCCUAUGACAGUCUUUGCUGUAAUGUUAUGAAAGGCUAAGGCUUACUGGAGAUGAUACUAAAAAACCUAAGGUAUUACAGAAUUUAUGGAAUUCUUACUGUAAUUAUGGUGUUGCAGACCAAGAAUAUCUAUUAUCAAGAUGCACAAAUGGAAAUGAAUGAAGCCACAACUGGAAGAAGAGAUGAUAAAUACUUCCCUUCUUCUAGCGAAGGAAGAUGAUCCUUCAUUAGAAGGAGUAAUUACUUUUUUACUGAAGAAGUGAUUUCAGAGCUAAUUCUCCCGGUCUGUAGGUGUGAUGGGAGGUGAAUUAAGCACGCACAAAGCCUGAGCUGAAAGAUGCAUGGCUCAAUUGCAGACUUGAGUAUCAACAGUCUGACUUUACAAUGAGAGUUUCUAGAGAAGAAACAGUUUACAGCCCUAACAUCUACAGCAUUAGCUCCAUGCAGAGCUUUCUUGUCGCUAUUAUCCUUGCCCAUAAGAAGAUACAGGGGUUUUUGGAUUUAUUCUUGUAUUCUUGUGCUGCCUUCUACAGUCUUUUCCAAGGUGUACCUAGUCGAGAGAUCUGACUAGAUGGACAGAGGAAGAGAGGGGCGACCACUUGCAAUAAGAACUCAAGGGGAGAGAACUAUAAUCUUAGCAGUAUCCUUCUAGCUAAUGAGCUAGAAAUCUAGCAAAGGAGGAUAGAGUCCAAGCUGAGCUUCAUUUUUCAGGUUACCAAAAAUAUCACUACCCUAGUAGGGUAUACUUGGACCAAAAGAGAAGAAUGCACUCAAGUUUUCAUUUAGAGUCUUCAGCUUGGUCAGAGUUUUUUCCAGUAGUGCCUGUCUCGCCUUCAGAUAAAUAUAAUGAUUAUUUUGAAGUACUGUGCUGUUCAUGUAGCCAGUAAUGUGCAUUUCAUAUUCAAAAGGUGCUUUUUGGAAUGGGUGUCAUUAAAAGGACACCCAUUUUCAGGAGGUUACAUGUCGUCUUCUGUUCUGAUUCAUAACCUGAGAUGAAUUUGGCAGCAGCUGAAUGUAAGUAAAGGAGUUAAAAUUUGCUUGGAAAUUAAAAAACAAUUUUUAGGACAUCACAGCUUUUCCUGUCAGGAGUUGUCAGUGUAUCAGCAGGACAAACAUCAACUGUUAUAUGGUAGAAAUGUGGAGUAAAACCUCACUAUUGAAGAGCAUCUUUUGCUGCGAUUUUUUACCUAUUAGCAGCCUGGGCAGAAAAAAACUGAGGCCUCUUGGGAAGAGCUAGGCACAUGUGAGGGUCCUCCUCCAGGUGGGCACUGCAGGGUCAGUGUGUUUGAGAGAGACUUUUCUUGAUGGAAAAAAAUGUGCAUAAUCUACUGUAAGUGUAACAUGUACCUCUGUACAUUUCCCCAGCUCUAGGCUUUCAUGGCAUGCUGAAAGCAGGUGAAGAGAAAGGAGGAGAGAGGAAUUAACUUUACUUUGUGAUAACUCCUUGGAGUGUGAGGGUGCUUUCCAGCCUGUACCCUCUCGUCAUGCUUUGGCCAGCACUGGGCAGUUGUGCUCUGUAGGUGAAGGGGGAGUUGCAGAGACAGUUCUGGAGUGCAGCCUCCGUUACGCUGUGAGUGUUUCACAGUGCAAGGACUGUACCCCAGGAGUCUCUGCCAGACUCCAUCCCUAAUAACUGACACGUUUGAUCCUGCCUCUAAAACUUCGCAGAGGAGGAAACCCAGUGGGAGAAAAAACAAGUAAGCAAAUUUCCCCUUUUGAGGCAGGGGCGGUGGAAGGCUUGGUUAUCCUUGUUAGCUUCCUGGAGGUGGAGGCAAAAGGCCUAUGUUAGUGGAGGAAUGUCAGAGAUGGCUUGUCUCAUGAUGUUUACAAGUCCUUUUAGAUGUCACUGUAAGUGCUCUUGCUUUUAGCUGGUAGAAGUGAGGGCCUGUCAGGGAAGCAAAAUGCCUUCUGAUGUUCCUGGGUAACUAUUUUAUUAGCUGCUAGCUUCAUAGUAUACACUUGGAUGACUUAGCUGAAGAAAAUUAGUACACCUGAGACUUUCAGUCAGUCUUGUAUUCGUUUAGAAUGAAAAGUAGUUUGAUCGGCUUGUGUAAAAACAUAUCCAUCCUUUUUCCCUCUCAAAAGAUCAGUGCUCUCCCUCAGGAAAGAAAUGAAAGCUGCUCCCACUUCUAUAGCGAUUGCUUCUGAUUUCCACAGCUUCAGAGCAAAGUGCAGCUGUGUCAUUGUAUCUUCAGCGUGACACAUCAUUCUGAGGUGAGAAAAUGAGAGAAGCAUUCGGUUUCUUUAAAACUGAAAUGGGCAUUAGGAGGGGAGCACUUGCGUUGACCCCUUCUUCAAACGGGGCACGCAUCCACUGCAGUCGCAUGGACUGGGACUUGAUAACCAAUUAGUCAUCUAUAAAACUUCCUUAAUGAACCACAGAGGAGCAGCAUGACCUACCACACUGACGUGGGACAAAUUCCCAUCUCUCUACUGCCACUUGCUCACUGAACGGCCUUGGCAAGCCACUUCCCUCCCUUUCCCUUGUGUUCCGCAGCUGUAACACAUCUGAGAGCAAUCCCUGCCUGUCUCACAAGGAUUCGGGGAAGCGGCGCGUGCUACACAAGUGCUAAGUAUUGUUACUAAAACCAUAAUAUGUCAGGUAACGCAGAUACAUACAUCAUCUGCCCUCUUCAGGCACUUGACUGUUAGCCUUAAGUCUUGGCACACUGAAAACGUGCAGGAUAUCAGGUACAAUGACACCCUUCAGUCUUGAAAUUACUUGUGUCUUCAAGGUCAGAUUUGGUGACUUCAAUAUCUGUCUCACAGCUGCAAUACCAUGUUUUGGCCAAAUGGUGAUAAAUGAGAGUGUAACUUGUUUGUAAUUCCUUCUCUGUCUUCCUAAAUAUUUUGUUUCUUGGGAAGCUGAUGCUGCUAUGAACAUCCUGAGUAAUACUGAAUUUGCAGUAUUCUGCUUUCCAGAUGUAAAUGUUUAUAUUUAAAAUUGCUAAGACUGCAAUGCAAUAAAUAUAUCCCUGUAA